AUGCACAAGCUACUUGCUGUGUACUUCACGUUGCUGAACCUACAUCCAAGACACAGGUCGCAGCUACGGUUCAUAUACCUAGUGCUCCUGGUGAAGUACGACGACGUACAUCAGUAUGGUUUGGACAACGUCCUGAGCCCCUUGAUCAGUGACCUCAAUGAACUGCAAGCAUACGGACUUAAGUUCAUGAGCAAAGAAGCAGCACAGAAUGCACUGGUCUUUGUAUUCUGUGUAUGUGGUGACAACUUGUCUAUGAAUCGCCUUGGGGGCUUCUCAUGUUGCUUUAGUCGGGGCAGGGUGUGCCGGUUUUGUAUGGCAUUAUCUGAAACAUUGUCAGUGAUAACAACAGAGGAUUUCUGUACCCUGCGGUCGGCUCAGGCACACGAGCAACAUCUGAAAGCUGUGGCUGUGAACCCAAAGUUAAAUAGAAAACUGUAUGGUGUGAACGACCGCUCCCCAAUGCUGGAGCUGCCAUACUUUGACGUGACGCGACAGUUACCCCCCGACCUCAUGCACGACAUUCUAGAAGGAGGCUUCGAGUCCGUUCUUCGCCCAAUACUGAAGGCGUUAGUUGAGGGAGGGGUGCUGUCGUACAGUGACAUGGACCGCAUCGCUUCCUUUGCAUAUGGGUGGAACGACAAGAAAAACAAACCCGUCGCAAUGAACAGAAGCUUUCUAACAAGCAAAGCAAACUUGAAGGGAACUGCAUCAGAGAAGUGGUGCCUUCUGCGACUCCUGGGUUUGAUUCUUGCCGAGCUGAUUCCAGAAGGUGACGCGGACUGGGAAUUGUUCCUCCAGUUUCGGGAAAUUGUUGACAUCAGCUUUGCUCCUGUCGUGCCCAGCGGGUACCUUCCUUACUUGGAGACAACUGUGCAAGCGUUUCUUGUGGAGUUUGCGCAGCGGUAUGGAAGCACAGUCAUCAUUCCCAAGCUUCAUUACCUCAUUCAUUAUGCCAGAAUGAUUCGUGAGGUUGGACCACUACAGCAGUUUUGGUCUAUGAGGUUUGAAGCCAAACAUCAAUAUUUUAAAACCCUCGCCUCACGGAUCAAGAACUUCCGAAACAUAACUCUGACCUUGUCCAAACGACAUCAGCUAAUGCAAAGUCACCAGCUCAAGGAGCUGUCAUCAGAUGCUCAGCUCAUGGCCCCAUCUGGCAAGCCUGUUGACCAGAGUGCUCUGCCACCUUCUGUUCAAGACGUGCUGCCACUGAAUGCACGCCAGGUGUCGCAUGCAGCAAUCGACCACCGCGAGUACCGGUGCGGUGAUAUCCUUGUGAAGGCUGCACAGGACGUUGAACCAGAGUUCUGUGGAGUUGAAGCCCUGUAUGUUGCAUCAGGCAAACUGUUCAUUUUGGUUGAGUUGUUAACCGAUGAAGGCUUCGACAGGCACAAGUUUUGCCACCGUGUGGGCAAGUCAGGGCACCUAAAACUUGUGGACGCUGAUGAUGAUCAGACGCUCCACUGUGCUCUAGAUCUGUAUAAUGGUAGUGAGGUUGUUGUCAAAUGGGAAGUGCUUUAA